AUGACUUACAAUGCUGUCUCACAGGAUGAUCCUGAAGUAGCUUCGAAUGCCUCCGAUUCCGAUGCCUCUCGCAGUUCAUCGCCGGCGCUAUCGCAACAACGUCAUGGGUUUCAACAAUUGCCGUCGGAUGCAGAUAGUCUCGGAGCUGGCAAUCAUCUCGAGCCAGCCAGAGCAGCGGAUGAUAUUAGCGUCGGGAAUCUGGUUUCUAUGAUUCGCUCAAUGAGUUCCGCGAGCUACGACAUGGUUGAGGAGGACGAUGACUAUGAGCAACCUAUCGAGCCGGAAUCCAAUAGUUCCCGCCGGGGUCCUCCGCCCAUUGACACGGCGACCAUCAAUGCUGCCGCAAGCCCGAAUGAAAGCCAGUUUCAGUCUCGAUCAGCGUCGUGUAACGUUUCUCCUGAUGAACCAACCCUGCGAUCCCCCGCCAGUGAUAAACCCGUGCCGCUCAGCCAUCCGACUCCGGAUCUUCAAUCAUUACAAGGUGCUUACUUGGGAAACGUCGAGCGGUUGGAAAGGAGCGCAGAACAAAUGAGCGCUGGCUCAUCGGAUAUUGCAAGUGAGAUUCGCAAGAUGGAUUUGGAACAGAAGCGGCGCAGUUCGACUGCCUCGGUCGCCAACUCAGCCAUUGCCAGUAAUAUCAAUCUUCAAUCGCCCCGUGGCUCCGUCCGUUCUGCUACUCGUAUGCCAUCUUCUCAGUUGGCUUUGCUGACAGAAGAUGGAUAUGAAGGACAAUCGUCUAACGUUCAGACACAGGGCGCCCCUGUGAUUCUACAACCGCCAGCUGCUAUCCAGUACGACCACCAGUACUACCCCGGGCAUUACGAUAUCGAACGUCCAUCUAGCGCUGCCUCCGGUGAUACCUAUCAACAAGCCAGAAUUCUGUUCUCGGAUUUCGACGGGGUGCAUUAUGUUCCCCAGGACAAAGGCCAUGGUCUCGAGCGCCAAGCUUCUUUGGCAAGACCUCCAAUGGCGAAACGGUCUCGGCCGUACCGGGCAGAAAGUAUGGUCUACUAUCCGGCACCGGUCCCUGCAACGCUGAAGCUCCCUCCACGCUUGUCUGACAAACCGGCCCCCCAACGGGAGACACGACGCGCCCAUCAUCGUCUGAGCUCUGUUUUUCUGGGUCAUAGACGAUCCACACCAGGGCUCUCUGACCGCUUCGCUACACCGCGUGGAACAGACACAACACAAUCAUCGCCCAUUGCUACUUUAGACCGGAUGCUCGAUGACUCCGUGCAUGCGCCAGUUACAGCACCCGUUUAUCAUCCAAACCCGAGUCCCGGGAUGCAUAGAAAAUUGCAUCGAAGAAUGCCGUCUCCAAACCUGACAGGACAGAAGAAAAAGCGCAGUUCGCUAAAUUUGUUCCGAUUCCACAAGAAAUCUCCCAGCCCCGACGACCGCCCUUGCACUUCCACACCGAGUUAUUUAUCUCAAGGCCACUUGCCCCAACCAACAGAGGCUGAAGUGGCAGAGGCACAUGAAAACACGGCUUUACAAAGUGACGCCAGUGAACAAGAACGUGAUACCGUUGGAAUGGUUCACAGCGAAGAGGAUAUCCGUGACUACAUGGGUCCUCCAAAUACCUUGAUGGCAGAGUUGGAGGUGCGAAAACAUGAGCUCAAAGACCGAAAUCGCCCGGCAGCUGACCGUGCGGGGCUACGUUCAACUUUGCUCCAGCUUGACGCAGUUGCCCAGGUACAGAGUGAGCACCGACGACAAAGGCCUGCUACCAUCGCCUUGGACCAUCACGAUGCUCACAACGGUGGUAACGGUCAUGAUGAUGAAGACGUGCCCCUUGGAAUGCUAUACCCCGAGAAGCCAUACAUACCCGCUGAACCGCGGCCGCUGGGUCUCCUGGAAAAGAAACAGCUGGAAGAAGAUGAACCCCUAAGCAGACGUCGCGCCCGAUUACGGGGCGAGCAACCGGCUGAUCAAUCACCAAGGCUGUCGCAACAUGCCAGCACGGUUUAUCUUCCCGAUACCCUGAAUAAUGCUAGUCCCGAAAGUGGAGACGAGGAAGAAACCCUGGCCCAGCGCCUCAAGCGUCUAAGAGCGAAGAACCGGAAUAUCACGGCUGGAAACAGUGAUUUUGCUAGCGAGAUCUUUGCGGAAAUCAGCCAGCUUAAAGAAGACGGAAAAGAAGACGGGGAGGCAUCCGGAGAAGAAACUUUAGCACAAAUACGGGCUCGCCUACGACAGCAGGACAGGAAGAAGCCGCAAUCUGGCCGAUACGCCAACAUUCCUCGGAACAGAAGAAGCAUGGGAAGUAUAUCACUCAUGCGUCCGGUCACUGCUCAGCGACAGUCAUCAGCUAGCCACCACACCGCUCUGCCAUAUGCACAGCACGCCUACGCCGGUUCUCGCAUGUCCCUGCAGCAGAUGCCACCGAAUUAUGGACAUCCGCAGCAUGUCGGGUACUCACUGCAAGAUGCGUAUGGGAACGGGAUGGUGCAUCCCAACAUGGCUUACCGGAACUGCAUGGGCUCUGGCGCACCGCAACAUACGACCAUUGGAGUAUCGACACCUGACCUGCCACAGCGAGACAUGAUUGACCGUUGGCGGCAGAGUGUUAUUUAG